AUGGAGGCGCCCCUGGUAAGCCUGGAGGAGGAGUUCGAGGAGGGGCCUGGGGACGAUGGGGGGACCCCGCAACGCACUGCGGACCCGGCGCUGGCCGAGCUGGAGAGCUUCUCGGCUGAGAUGAUGAGCUUCAAGUCGAUGGAGGAUCUGGUGCAGGAAUUCGAUGAGAAGCUCACUGUCUGCUUCCGCAACUACGAUGCUGCCACCGAGGGUCUGGCCCCCGUGCGGGGGCAUCUCCAGGCGCAGGAGGAGGAGGAGCGCCUCCAGGAUGAGGAGGUCUGGGAUGCUCUCACCGAUGGCUUCGCCCCCCGGGGCUCCCCCCGGCCCUGGCGCUCCCCCAAACUCCCCUGUCCCUGCAUGACCCCCUGCCUGUGUCUCCUGCAGCUCUGCGAGAAGGAGGAGGAGGAGGAGGAGCUCACUGAGAGGAGUGAGCAAGACUCGGGCAUCAACGAGGAGCCGCUGCUGACAGCUGAGCAGGUCAUCGAGGAGCUGGAGGAGCUGAUGCAGAGUUCGCCCGACCCUGAGGCUGACCCUGAGGGUGAUGAGGACGAGGAGGAGGAAGAGGAGGAAACAGAGGCCGAUGCUGAAGGCGAAGGUGGUGGCGGGGGCACGGAGCCCAUCCUUCUGCGCGAGCUGCGUGCUUUCUCCCCUGCCUUGAACAACAACUGCUCCCACGAAGCACUCGGCGUUUUGCAAAACGCACUGUGCCGUUCGUUAAAGACCUUCGGCCCCGCCGCCAACGAGAAGCAGUACCUGAACACGGUGAUUCCCUACGAGAAAAAGGGGUCGCCACCCUCCGUCGAGGACCUGCAGAUGCUCACCAACAGUGAGUAUUCAUUCAAGCUGCCGUUCUGGGGCAGAAUCAGCUGUUUUGCAUGA